AUGGCAGAUUAUGAGUCUUUGCACAGGCAGUGCCGCACUCUGGAGUCUUUAUUUGACACAAAGCUUACGUCGUACUCCCGCCUAGCAUCAACAAUAACAAGAAACCAGGAUGACAUCGAGGCAGGAGGCUCGCGCGAACGCUGGAAAGACGUCGAAGGCGAAGUCGAAGACCUCUUGGAGAAGCUACGAGAAACUAAUGAUGAAUUACUCGCACUCUCAAACAACCCGGACACCCCGCCCUCACAAUCCAUGUCCCGCGCAAUUCAGAGACAUGGUGAAGUCUAUCAGGACUAUGCCAAGGAGCUUCGCAGGACAAAGACAAAUGUCCAGCAUGCACUUGACAAAGUAAACUUACUUUCGGGCGUUCGAAAUGACAUUGAAGCAUAUAAAUCUUCCGCAGCAGACUCACUACUGGCGGAAAGAGGGAGAAUCGACAGCUCCCAUUCGAUGACAGACCAGAUUCUUGACCAAGCAUACGAAACACGAGCAGAAUUCUCGCGUCAAAGCAUGUCUCUGGCUAGUAUAAACACACGCAUGACUGGUGUCAUAAGUACGAUACCUGGCAUCAACAAUCUCCUUUCCAUGAUUAAGAGUCGACGGCGAAGAGACUCUAUUAUCCUUGGCAUUCUUAUUGGAGGGUGCUUACUCCUGCUGAUAAGCUACAUGUCGCGGUGA